UGUAGCCUGUUUCCGUGUAAUCACGAAAAUUUUUGGCAAUAGAAUUAUUCUAUGUUUGUAUAGUUAAAAAGAUAGAUUACUAACUAUGAAUUAAGUCUCCGAAUAUUUUUUUAGUGAAAUGUUUUCGUGUGGUUGAGUGUUCUAUUGCAUGUAUGCCUUAUAAAUAUAUAUUUAAUGUUGUUGAUAUGAAAAUAAUGCAGACAUCCAAUACGACUGUAUAAAUUAACAAAAUAAUUACUUUUCCAAAAUUAUAUGGCUUUUAAGGUAUGAACAGGAAGGCUACAUAUUAUGUCAGUAAAAUUUGUAGAACCUUUGGAGGAUAUAAGUAUUGACUUACAUUAAUACGACAAAACCAUGAUCGGUAAAGGUUUAACAAUUCCAGUAAUUACAAUGAACUCUUUAGAAGAUACUGAUAAUUUGUUUCCAUCAGCUAGCAGCUUUUGCAGAGAUUUCAUUAGAGGAUGCUGUCCACGAGAGAGUUGUCGAUUUAUACAUGAAAUACCACCGAAGUCUUGCUUAAAGGAACUAUUUCGAUUUUGUCACGAUUAUCAAAACAAAGGCUGUUUUCGACCUAACUGUAAAUUUUUGCACAGUACUGCACAAGACGAGGAACAUUUCUAUGCUACUGGAAUAUUUCCACGUGACCCUCGAAACACUGCUAUAAUAUGUCAGGCUUUUAUUCAUGGAGUUUGUUCGAAACAAGACUGCAAAUAUAUUCAUGUAAGGGAUGUAUCCUGUAAUGAAAUGACUAACAAGCGUAAUUUUCAGCCAUCAAUUUACACUAGAAAUCAACAUCACAUGAGAGAUGAUAACUCACCACCCGAGGCUAAGUUACGAAGAUUCACAUAUGAAGAAACUGCUUUGGAUACACAAACAUUGUCUACAACUAGUAUGUGUGGUAAUUGUGAAGUUUUAGACCAUAAAGUUAAACUAUUACAUGAUAACAUUAGUGUUUUAUUAAAGAAAGUGGCAGAUUUGACAGAAAAAAAUGUCCAAUUGACUUCAAUGAAUGAAUUAUUACUAGAACAAACUGCAUCUGUGAGGACUGAUCAACCUUGUGUGAUAACAUCAAGACAUGGAACAUCAGCACCAGUGUCUCUGGCAACAGUUAGUGUGACACCAGUUGUUAGUCUUGCCGGAGCUUUACCACUUGUACCCACUGCAGCAACACCAAAUUUGGCUCUAGGUCCAGCAGCAUCUCAAGCUCAGUUGUUGACACCUGCUCCUCAAAUACUAACAGUUAGUACUACUCAGCAAUUGGUUGGGAAUUCAGGAGCUUUAAUUGUUACAAGUGCUGGAGCUCAACAACUCAUGCAAGUUAGUGAUUCUGGUACACUAAUGGGUGGUGGUCAGACUGUGGUAGCUGUGACUCCAGCGCAGCUAACAUUAGCACCACCAACUCAACAACUAAUGAGUAAUGGCCCUCAAACUGCAGUUCGCCAAUUAGUUCAAACAUCAGCUCUGCAACCACAGCUAGCUUCUCAACAUCAAGCCUCCCAAUAUGCAGCCCAGCAAUCAGUGCAGCAUUUAGCUGCGGCUCAACAAUCAGCUCAACAUCUUGCCGCACAGCAGUCAGCACAACAUUUAGCUGCACAGCAAUCCGCACAACACUUGGCUCAGUCAGCUCAACACCUUGCUGCGGCCCAGCAAUCUGCUCAACAACUAGCACAGCAAUCACAACAGUUGGCUGCUCAGCAAUCAGCACAGCAACAGUUAGGAUCUGCAGCACCACAAUUGGUUCACCAAACAUCCACUCAACAGAUAACAAUUUCUAGCACUAGUCAACCUAUGGCUUUGCCUAAUUCACAAGCUCAGCCCCUAACAUUUCCUAUAAUCUCACAAAGUAUUCUGCCUCACUAAAUUAAAUUAAAAGAAAUUCAAAGAUAUUAUAGUAAGUGUUAGAAGAUAAUUAGUUAAAUAGUUUAUAAUGCAGCCAUUAGUUUAAUUUUAUAUGUACUACUAGUACUAGGCUGUACAUCUUUUAGCCAAGUCCAUGUUAUUAUAAAAAAAAAGUAAAGAACUAUCUAAUGGUUGCACUAUCAUCUCCAUGCUGUAAUAUUAUAUUGUACUUACCAUGUCUCUACAUCAUGAGAAAAAUCUCAAUUUUAUUUGAAAAACUAUACUGCACACCAUAUUAAAAUUUUAGAUUGAUAAAUCCUUUACUAGUUUGUUUGUAUUACAUAAACAAAAUAAUAGAUUACAUGUAAAAUAUAUACAAGAGUUAAUGGCAACAGAUUUCAGAUUUUAACGUAAUAUUGACUUUACAUCUUAGUAAAGAACAAAAUAUGGUAUGUUUUGUGUAUUAGUAAGUGUAAGUUAUGCUAAGGUUUUUUGAUGAGUUCUAACUAUAAAGAAAUUAGAUACUUAAGACUUAUUAAGUUUUUUUAAUAAUCAUAUUAUUUGACACUGAAUGACAUGUGAUUAAUGUGAUAUGUUCACAUUGAUGUUUUAAAUUCUUCUGGUUUUUGUGUGUAACAAGCAAACAAAUUGCUUGAAUUUUCAUUGUAAGUUUUAUGUAAUUAGAAGUUUAAAAUAGGUAAUUUAUUUUGUAUUAUUAAAAGGAGUAUUUC